GGCGAGGCCACGCCCUCCUCGCCGCCGGCCGCGCGCGCCCCUUCCUCCGCGGCCCCAGCCAAGACGCCGCUGCCCGCUUCCUGCCGCCCGCCAGCCCCUGCCGCCGGGCCCGCCGGAGCCGCCCGUCCUUCGAGCAGCGGCUGGAGCCUGGGAGCCUGCGCGGCGCGGCGGCCGGGCCGAGCGGGGAGAUGAACACGGUGCUGUCCCGGGCCAACUCACUCUUCGCCUUCUCUUUGAGCGUGAUGGCGGCGCUCACCUUCGGCUGCUUCAUCACCACCGCCUUCAAGGAGCGGAGCGUGCCCGUCAGCAUCGCCGUGUCCCGGGUCACGCUAAAAAAUGUAGAAGAUUUCACUGGACCUAGAGAAAGAAGUGAUCUGGGAUUCGUCACAUUUGACAUUACUGCAGAUCUGCAGAGUAUAUUUGACUGGAAUGUUAAACAAUUGUUUCUAUAUUUGUCUGCAGAAUAUUCAACAAAAAACAAUGCUCUAAACCAGGUGGUCCUUUGGGACAAGAUCAUGUUGAGAGGAGAUAACCCAAGGCUGUUCUUAAAAGACAUGAAGUCGAAGUACUUUUUCUUUGAUGAUGGAAAUGGUCUCAAGGGAAACAGGAAUGUCACAUUGACUCUCUCCUGGAAUGUUGUACCAAAUGCUGGCAUUCUACCUCUUGUAACAGGAUCAGGGCAUGUGUCUGUACCUUUCCCAGAUACCUAUGAAACAACAAAAAGUUAUUAAAUUAUAAUACUGAAUCCUAAGCAAGAUAUUUUUAUACUUGUAUAUUGUGAAUAAAUUUUAUUGCGGUUUCUUGUCACAUCCCACACGACCCUUCAGUGAAAGGUACUUAAUGUCCUCAGGCCUAACAGCAUAGGAAAAGGAAAUGAAAGUUCAGGGGUUUUUUUGUGGUUUUUUUUUUGUUUGUUUGUUUGUUUUUGGUUUUUAAAUAAAACAUUGAAGCUGAAAUGUAAAGGGAAAGGUAAAUUGCUGGGUAAAGGAGGGGGGGACGGGGACAGGGACGACUGAGGAAACUUUUUUUUUUCUCUCUCCUGGCUGUCUGGUUAUAGAUCUCCUUUUCUUUUAAAUAAACAUUUUUAAACCAGAA